CGCAGGAGCCUACUCCUGCUCGGUUCGUCAUUUUCAUCUAUUUCCACAAGGAAUCGCAAACGCAAUUAUAGUGCAUCGCAAAUAGAAAAUUACACACUGGCCACAACGCAUUGCAAUUCAUAACUCGCAACAGCCUCCACUAAUUCACACUAGGUUAUAGAAACGAACAAAGGCACCAGGCGAAUCGACUCGCAGCCGGAUAGAUCUGGAUACGCGUGGACAGUGAUUCUGGGGAUGAUUGCCUGAACGAAGGCGUUUUGGUGAUCGGAUGCAUGACGUGUGCUGCAAUUGGCUAGCUUUUGCUACCGAUGUCGGUCAUACGUGAUCUAUCGCCGCUCAUAAUUAUUCGAACGACCGGGGACGAAGACUUUGAACGCCGGAACAACCGGCAUCAGAAUAUUAUACCUGAUGAUUUGGGUGAUUGGUGCGGUCGUGCCCCAUCAAAAAGUGAAAUUAUCAUUGCACGAGGAUGUUUUAUCGCGCGUAAAAUUUACAGGCACAUCAAUUUAUCCCGGCCACGGUUAAGCAGUUGUAUCACACGACACCCAGUAUCGGAGGCAACUGAAAGCGUCUUGAAAGCCAUCGCUGGCCAGCACCAGCCAUCCCAUCCCGUUCGUAGCAAUUGAACGUUCCAACUAAGCCGUUUAUGCCGGUCCACGGAGUGCAUUCUCGUUGCAGGCCCAGGAUGCAUCACGGUGCACCAUACGCCGCAGCGCUGCGUGCAACGCACUCGUGUGCAAGAACGUGGCAGUUGCUCGGUUGCCUGUGCGAAAGGGGAGAUCGGGGCUCGAACGAGUGGCUUCGCGUCCAGUGGGUGGUACCCACACAUCGCUCGACACCACACGCAACCACCCCCUAUUGCACGCACGCGGGGCAACACGCGUGUCAUACAGGACGUCAGCGUGUUUCGCGUUUUCCCCUCGGUCCCUCGCCGAGCGAACCGAGGCGACGUUUCGCGAUAAGCUGGAUUCCCGGUGGGUCCCGACGGAGACGUGCUCGACCAACCGGGCAAAAAGGAGGAAUCGAGACCCGAUCCGAACUCCAUCCAACUGAAUCGCGUCCCUGUUACUCGCGGACAACCUUCUCUAAUUCGCACUGGAGCAAUUGAUUCACGAUGCCUCUCUUAUAAUUACAUCGUUUCAAUUUUACCAACGAAUAUGUUACAUUCCAUCCAAUGGUAUAUUUCACUAGUGAAAUGCGAAAAGCGCGGAAUUUUGCAUCCGUCCGGAGGGAUCGGUGAGAUAUCGUCGCUUAGCGUGCCGGACCAUGGUACACUGCUUGUUAUCCCAUGCUCGCACCGAGCAUUAAUUACGCCGGAUCGAUCAGCUUCAACUAUGUGUUGUAACAAGUGGUUACGCGUCGAAGAUAUGGACGGGUGUGUCAAACGUGUUUGAUCAUACGUAUCAUUGAGACGUAAUUUUGUAAUUAGAAAAGUGAAUUAAUGCUUUAUUCUAACUUUGAAAUUUUAAAUUUACUACAAACUUUUCAAACUUGAAGAUG